CAAUAUUAUCGUUGUGUCUAGCAACACAUCAAAGCAGCAGCUCCAAGACGCUCAACUAGUCAAGGACGUAAAGAGGCUGGUGUUAGCAAGAUUAGCUGAGCUCAACUGACAAGUAAACAAGCCAUCCGAAUCCGACGGUCAAAAUUGAUGUCAUUUUAGUGAAGGGCUUCCUCUUACCACCAUAUUUGGUUGUGAGUGGAAACGCCAACCGGAUGCUUCACAUUUAUACAUCCAGUGAAGGAGCAGGCUUGUCCUGUGGGGUCACCAGCAGUUAUGAAUGUGAACGAUGAUGUGGAAAAGCUUUUAAAUGGUGAAGGACUAGAAGUGAACGACGAGUUCGAUUCAGCACCCGCACAGGUCCAAGCAGUUGCCUUGAGGAAAACGAUAACCUACAUCGUCAGCGCUGUCAUCUUCAAUGAAAAGAAUGAGGUGCUCAUGGUGCAGGAGGCCAAGGAGAAUUGCUACAAACAGUGGUACCUUCCAGCUGGCCGUAUGGAAGAGGGCGAGAGCAUUGUGGAGGCCAUGAGGAGGGAAGUGAAGGAAGAGGCUGGAUUCGACUGCAAACCUGUUACCCUGGUCCUGGUCCAAGAACAGGGGCCACAGUGGAUCAGAUUUGUUUUCCUGGCGGAGAUUACAGGAGGCUCCCUGAAGACGACGGCAGAGGCUGAUGCAGAGUCUCUCCAGGCUCAGUGGUGGGACCAAGACUCCCCACUCACCUUGAGGGGUCGUGACAUCCUCAGACUCAUCAGUGCCGCCCUGAAAUACAGAGAGAAGCCCUGGCAUCCUGUGGCUCACCCUAUAGACAUGUGCUGCCAUGUUGUUGUACAGAGACUUCUCCUCACCUUCAGCAGCCCUGAUGGGGUGCUUUGGCUCCUUUUGAACAACACUAAGGACCUGCACCUCCCCGUGGCCGUGUCUGUGAAAACCCACACAGUCACAUGGGCGGCCAACACACUGGUACAAGAGGCCAUGCCCUCCUCCUACUAUGACCUCAACGUCAACACAAGGGGAAUCCUGGGACUCCAGCACAAUGGAAGGAUCCCUGGGAAGACAGACGGACUCUGCUUCAACACAGUGGUGUCUCUGGAGCACACUGGGGAGGGGCCACACACCAGUCAACCACCACUGAUCGAGAGCCCUCGCUUUCAGUGGUACAAAGUGGAGAAUCCUCAGCUAAGAGACAAGAUUCAACAGAGAAUAACUACUGGGUCCCUCCUUCCAGUGCAUAGUCUCUACUAAGGAGGGGGUGAAAUAACAUUCCAAAAACUUUUUUACUUGAAGAUGAUUUUGGGAAUGUGUGGGGCAGGUACCCCCGUCUAUGAGCGGCCAAAAGACACAUAUGUACCUUUGAGAGCAGAUAUUACUGCAGGUGAUAUUACGUUUUUCAUUUGUACAUAAUUUGUCAUUUAGCAAACGCUCUUAUCCAGAGCAACUGACAAUAAGUGUGUACAUUUUCAGACCUUAUCAUACUGGUCCCCCGUUGGAAUCGAACCCACAACCCUGGCGUUGCAAGCGCCAUGCUCUACCAACAGCCACACAGGAAAUACAUUUGUGAAAUGGACUGCAAUACA